AUGUCUAUCCUUGAAUUAAGAGCAUAUCAAAUUGCCUCUGCUACUGCUGAUGGGGUGUCCAAUUCUGCAAGGAUAGCUUCCAAAUUGCCUGUGAGAAACAUGUUGGAACUUGAUGAACAACGCUCGCUUCUGCCUUAUGUCUGGAACCAAUCAUCUGAACCGUUGGGGCGGUGUGCAGAGGAAGGGCAAAAAGUUUUGGACUUUAAGUGUAAAAAGACUGAUAAAUCAACUAAAAAACCAGAAAUUAUUGAAACCCAGAAAAGUCUGGAAGCUGAUAUGUUUGCAUCUCAAACACCUGCCAAGACGAAUGAGUCUUUGAAUACCAAAUUCAGAGAAGGAGAAUUUCAACUUCUAGAAAGGUACAAUACAAUUGUAGAGCUCUUUGAUGGUAUGAAUUUUUCAUUGAGGUUGCUGGGUCUGAGUAAAAAGUCACCUACUUUUCAAAAUAUAUCUGCACAAGUUGAAGUCUUGACUGAAAGGAAGUUCUCUUACGGACAUCUUGCACAGAUAAAAUAUUUACUUCCUGAAGCUCUACAGAUAGAUAGGAUUCUUUUACAUGACAAGAAAUCACUAUGCAUGAAGCCAUACAUUAAAAUUGGAUUGCUGCUUGAUGUUGUUGAAGGUCAUGAUGAAGAAUCUGAUUUUAUCGCCCUGCACCAAAUUUUUUCUUCUAGGCUUGUUGAUUACUUUAUAAAGCAUCCUGAGGCCUGUGAUAUUCCACAGGCUAUAUUACCAGGUCCAUUUAACCAGUGUAAGGGGCCUGCUUUUGUGGACAAGGCUGGUGACCUUUCAGAGGCUGUCUUUUAUCAAUCAAGACCAUAUCUGCCAGCUGCCACUGAAAGUCAGAUGUUGUGUAAUCCAUCCCAUCUACAUCCAUCUUUCAAUAGAAAGUUCUCUCAGAAGACUCGUUCUGAAGAGGAUAAGACCCAGCUGUUAGGUUCUCCAGUUCCUCCACCAGUUUCACUGUCUGGCAAUCUGAAUAAUGAGCAUCUCAAUGAAGCAAGAACCGGAGAAUCUCCUGAGUUGUGUUCUCAAUUUGAUGGCCGGACCAACCUUGACAUCAAAAGCGAACAAGCAAAAGAAUUUUGCAUUCCAUAUUCCAAAUCUAUCUCUUUCAAUCAUCUGCCUAGCCAACCAAUCAAUCCUGAAGUCUCUGCUGAUGUCAGUACUUUUUCCAGCCCCAAGUGUAUGCCUGACUCAUCUGUUGAUAAAUUACUGUUAGAAACACCUGCACAGUCAACUCCAAGGAGAGCAAUGCCUAGCUCUGAUGACAAGCACAAGUCCACUGCUGGCCAAUCUUGUAAGCCUGCAAAAAGGGUGUUAAAUUUCUCAUACUUGGAAGGUGAUAAAGGCACAUCAGAAGGCUAUGAAUUCUUAAAUGAUAGUAUCACUCAAACUCUUGCUGGCUCUUCUUCACUACUGAAAAAGGUGGAGGGAAGCCACGGUAACUCAUCCAUAGAUCAGAAAACCUGCCAGUCUGAUACAAUGCACCUGCAGAUGUCUAUUCACUUGCCUGACCUAGUUUCUCUGAUUCACCACAUCUUCCAGUCUGUUAACUUCUCUCCAAUCACAAGGGAGGAACUUGUGCACAAGAUAAUUCUAGAUAGUUUAGAUAUUAUUGACAGAAGGGAGGUUGAAGAACAGAUUGGGAUUCUUGAAAAGCGAGUUCCAGAUUGGAUUUGCAGGAUACCAGCACCUAGUGGCGAUGUCUUGUACAAAGGAAUGAAACGCCAGAGCUUACAGCUUUUGCUGAAAAAUUGUGCUAACCUCGUUGGUCUUCAGCAAAUCCAUGCCCAAGCUUUGGCUCAAGGACCGCUCUAUACUGACCAACCUUUAGCUUGCAAAUUAUUGAACAACUACGCUAAACUGGGCAACCCACAAGCUGCACACAAGGUGUUUGAUUAUAUUCGAGACCCAGAUAUAGUAUCAUAUACUUCUCUAGUCAAUCUUUACUUGAACACUCAACUUCCUAACAAAGCCUCUUCAGUUUUUUCAGAGUUGAUAAAUAAGGGUUUAAGGCCUGACAGCCAUUCAGUUGUUGGUGCAUUAUCUGCUUGCGGAAAGAACCAAGAUUUGUUUAAUGGGAGGAUAGUUCAUGGGAUGAUCUUUAAAUUUCAAUUGGGGGCGAACGCAAUUGUUGGCAAUGCUUUGAUUGAUAUGUAUUGUAGAAAUGGUGAAAUUAAGAUAGCCCAGUUGGUGUUUAAGCAAAUGGAUAUCAAAGAUGUGUCUUCUUGGACUACUUUGCUUCAUGGGUUUGUGCUGUGCAAUGAUCUAGAGUCAGCUAGACGUGUGUUCGAUGAAAUGCCUGCGAGAAACGAUGUUGCGUGGACUGCGAUGAUAACUGGUUAUGUUCGAGGUGAGAUGCCAAUUUGGGGUCUUGAAAUGUUUAAGCAAAUGAAAGCUGAAGGGGAAAACCAGCCUACAGUUAUUACGAUAGUGGCUGUUCUCUCAGGUUGUGCCGACCUUGGGGCUCUUCAUCAUGGUCAAGCAAUUCAUGGUUAUAUCAGCAAAGUUAAUCUUGAUAAGAAUGUUACUGUGAGCAAUGCUCUAAUGGAUUUGUACUCAAAGGGUGGAUGGUAUGCAUCUCAUGGGAAAGGAAACCGUGCUCUCGAGAUUUUCUAUGACAUGUUAGAAUCUAGAGUCAUCCCGAAUGAUGUUACAUUUCUGUUGGUUCUAUCAGGUUGCAGCCAUUCAGGAUUGGUUGUCGAGGCAAAGAAAUUGUUCGACGGAAUGAUCCAACACUAUGGUUUUGAACCCAAGAUUGAGCAUUACGGAUGCAUGGUAGACCUUCAUUGUCGAGCAGGCCUUUUGGAAGAAGCAAAAGAGUUGAUUGACAAUAUGCCUGUCAAGCCAGAUGCUGUUAUCUGGCGAUCCUUGCUUAGCGCUUGCAUGAACUACAGGAACUUUGAUUUGGCUGAAAUUGCUGGAAAGAAGAUAAUUGAAUUAGAACCGCGUGAUGAUGGAGCAUAUGAUUGCUUUGAAAUUAAGGUGGCUGUGGCUCGAAGCGCUUUGUAA